CCUUAACUGACCGACCGAAGGGUCAGCCAUCAUGCGGAAACGGGCAAGGAGAAGGCCGCCAUUGGAAUGUUGGAAGAUCUGCAUCUUUUCGGCAUGUUUCAUCCUCCAACGAGUGGAGAUGCUGGUCCAUCGGAGUGGGCCUUUCCGGGUGAGGCCGGUGCGUCCGCCGCGCCUGAAGGCUCAUGCGCCUUGCAUGGAGGCUGACCGAGUGGUGUCUGACCGUCGCUCUUUCGACGCGUUGCCUGCAAUGAAUGACGAGGGGUACAGGAGUGUACGGCGCAUUGAGUCGGUCAACAAGAUCCCUUUCUGGCCGACCUGUACAGACCCACACAGGGACACAUACAUGUGUAUGAAAUCAAAGAGCUACCGUGCUGUUUAGGGGCUGGCGGAGGCAUUCGAGCGAUGCUGCUGAAUAACCGGGACGAGUGAGCAGAUUGCACACACUCAAAGUGGUGGGUUGGGAGGUUGGGAUGUGUGUGUGUGUGUCGUAUUGCUGUACAGGUGGGAUCCUUUCCUCUUGCUUGCGCACCACAAGCACUCAUUCAGCCCAUGGGACCCACUGCGGCGGAUCCAGAAGAGCAUCAUGCCCGAAGGUCAGACAGACAGACAGACAGAUGCCGCUGCAUUUCUGUGAGAGCAGCGAGAGGUCAGGUCUCUUCUCCCAUCCCGUCAGGUUUCCCGAUGCACGCGCAUGGCGGAAUCGAGACCGUCACUUACAUGAUUGAGGGUAGGCAACAGCUUGCUGUCAUGUUAUCCCCGUGCACACACGCCUCUCACUCUCUGCGUCGUGCAGGUGGUUUCCUGCACUGCGACUCGCACGAUGCGACCCCAUCAGCCUACAGGAAAGGCAGCGUCCAGUGGUCAGUGUCUGUCAGCCGACAGAAUCAUCAGACAAGCACACAGGAGAUAUAUAUCACAUGGAGUGAGUGGUGUGAUGCUCGUGUGUGUGAUGUGAUGGGUGCAGGAUGGAGGCUGGGACGGGAAUCUUGCACCAGGAGAUGUUCGAGACCUUCUCGAACCGCAAUGCCGACAUCGAGCUGUACCAGCUGUGGAUCAACACACCCACUGACAUGAAGAUGCGCUCGUCAUCGGUCACGGUCAGACAGAGAACGAACUAAUUCCCUUAUUUAUGGGUCUGUCUGUCUGUCUGCCGUGUAUGUGUGUGGUGUGCAGAUGUUGGGCGAUGAGUACGGCCGCCCACUGCCUGUUGUGCGUCGAGAGAGCGGUGACGGCCGUGUGUGCCGCACCGAGGUGAUUGCGGGCAUUGUGGACGGCCAGUCGCCCGACUUCCGGACCAAUCUGCCGGUGACCAUCCUCAGAUGCACCAUGCAGCCUGGUCGGUCAGUGGGUCCAUCUACACACAUCCGGUGACCUGGGUGAGUGAAUGUGUUGUGUUGCCCCUCGUCAGGUGCUGAUUUCGAGCACACCUUGCCGUCGGCAGAGGACACAGCUGUCCUUUAUGUGCGCAGGGGCACCAUCCUGCUGGGCAGAGCAGACGCCGACAAACGGCCCACCAGACGGGUGGGCACACGUACACAGCACAUGCAGGCACCAAUCGCAUGACAGCCACAGACAGAGACACAUCAAUGGCCUCUCUCUCUCUCUCUCUCUCUCAUGUCAGUUCACCUACGGGUGGACUGACCUGUUCAACCAGGAGCCAAAGGAGAGGAUGUCGGAGGACGCCACUGCGUCUGAGGGCGAUUUAGUGGUGCUGGAGAGGGACGGCACCAAAGUGCGAUUCACCAACACGUGCGUAACGCGGGAGCCACGGCCAAAGCACAGCACACAGGGAAUGAGGACGGCUUGCUGUGCUGUGUGUUGUGUUGUGUCAGAGGGCCAGGUGAGGCCGAUGUUCUGUUCCUGUCGGGCCCACCACUUCGCGAGCCCAUCAUCCAGCCGUCGCCGUACGCCAACCAAUACGACACACACCACACCAUACAACAACGAGAGCAUCAACCAAGGACGGUGUCUGUCUGUCUGUGUGCAGGGACAUUGUGUGCGGGUCGAUGGACCAGGCGCGUGAGAUGACCAGGCAAGCGGAUGGAGACAAGGGCAGGCGCAUGUCUGUGCGGAUUGGCGAGAUGGCCGUGUGUGUGUGUGUGUCUGUGUGCAUCAGGCGGAUUCGCGAGCUGUACCGGGAGUAUUUUGGUAGUCAGGUCGCCGCGAAGUGAGCGAGGCCGUGUGGAUGUAGUCCUAGUAGCUAGGCUGGUAAGUGCAGCAAAGAUCAUGUGGCAAUCAAUGUGACGGAACUACCUACCAUGCAGCCAGUCAGCACAAUGUGUAGGUAUUGCCAGUAGCACUGUGGCGACUUCCAUCUCGCUGUGUGAAUGGCAUUCGUUGAG